UGAACGAAMGUUGUCCGUGCAAUUUGUUAUUUUCUCUUAUUUUUGCAAUUACAACAUAGAACAGAUUCCCAAAAUGCGCGAACAGCCGUUAAAAGAGGUUACACAACUGAUACAUGCCAUUAAAAUGGGUUUGGUGGAAGGUUCCUACAGCAUUACCAACAAAACGCUAGACAUCUUUAAGUACAUUAUUAUGAGCAAGAGCUGGGAUAGCGCCGACGCGCUCAUGCAAAUUGUUCGCGCCCAGUCACGAAUCCUGCAAGCGGCUCUGCCCCAGGAGACCGUCACCUCGAAUAUAGCACGGCGCAUACUGAAACUGACGCGCGAGGAGUUCGAGCUGCUUCAGGCCAAGGUGCAGCAUUUCGCCGACGACUCGCAAGCUUCCCUAUCGCUGCACAAGCUGGUCACGCAGACCAGCGAAAGCUGUGUCAGUGUGGAUUAUUCGGUGCCGCAGCAGGGAUUGCGCGAGGCGCUGCUGGAUCACUUGCAAGAGGUCGAGACUGAACUGGAGACUAGCUCGGAAAACAUCAGUGUGCAAGCCGAGGAGCACAUACACUCCUCAGAGAUAAUACUUACGCUUGGACAUUCGCGCAGCGUCGAAAACUUUCUGAAGCGGGCCAUCAAGAAGCGACAGUUUCUGACAAUAAUUGUAGCCGAAUGUGCGCCAGCUUGUCGGGGCCACAAUUUAGCUGCGACCUUAGCGCAGGAGAAGAAUGUGGAGAUUAUUGUAAUACCGGACGCAUCCAUAUUUGCCAUGAUGUCGCGCAUCAACAAGGUCAUCAUUGGCACGCACAGCGUCCUGGCCAAUGGCGGCCUGCGGGCUGCUUGCGGAGCCAACACAGUUGCCCUGGCGGCCAAACACUACUCGGUGCCGGUGAUUGUGCUGGCGCCCAUGUACAAGCUGUCGCCAUUGCACCUGUGCGAGCAGGAUGCGUUCAAUAUGGUCGGCUGUGCCGAGGACGUCAUUGCGUAUGACUCGAUGCCGGCUCGCGACGCCAAGGUUUACAGUCCCAUGUUCGAUUAUGUGGCACCCGAGCUGGUCACGCUCUUCAUAUCGAAUGCUGGCGGUCAUGCUCCCUCCUAUGUCUACCGAUUGCUCUCCGAGCUCUACCACCCAGACGACCUGGAGCUGUGAAACUCUGACCGGACUCUUCAGCCGAUUGUACAUUAUAUGUAUAUAUUUGUAACGCAAUGGACCUGGCCAACAACAAUAACAAGACUACA